AUGUCUGAGACGGCUGAAGACCCUCGGCCAGUUUGGCCUCAUCCACCAACUGUCAUACUUGGUCACGAGUCGUCACUGAUUGCCCAACCUUCGACUUUCCUUCUUCCCCGAGGCCCAAAUCUCGCGAUGCAGGACAAGGACAAACCGUUGAGUGCCGUGGACAAGGACCAGCUGAGUGGCUUGAAAGCUAUUCGAGAUUUCCUCAAGAUCCGUACCAGCUAUGAUGUUCUCCCGCUCUCCUUCCGCUUAAUUAUUCUCAAUACCGAUCUUCUCGUGAAGAAGAGCCUCACUAUCCUCCUCCAAAAUGGAAUCGUCUCUGCUCCGCUAUGGGAUUCUCACACCUCGAGCUUCGCGGGCCUUCUAACCACCUCUGAUUAUAUCAACGUUGUACAAUACUACUGGCAAAAUCCAGAUGCGCUGAAUGCGAUAGAUCAGUUCCGCCUGAGCAGCUUGAGAGAUGUUGAGAAAGCUAUCAAUGUUCUCCCACUCGAGACAUUGUCCGUCCAUCCCGCACGCCCUCUUUACGAAGCAUGUACACAAAUGCUUAAGACCCGAGCUCGACGUAUCCCCCUCGUAGACAUCGACGACGAGACUGGACGAGAGAUGGUUGUCAGCGUAAUCACACAAUACAGAAUCUUGAAGUUCAUAGCUGUUAAUGUGGUCGAGACGGAGAUGCUGAAGAAAAGUGUCUCGGAACUCGGCCUUGGCACAUACGGGCACUUGCAGACAGCAAACAUGGAUACCACGGUAAUCGACGUGAUCCACAUGAUGGUUGACCACAGCAUCUCGAGCGUGCCAAUUCUUGACGAUGAAAAGCACGUCUUGAAUGUUUUUGAAGCUGUUGAUGUGAUUUCUAUCAUUAAGGGCGGCGUCUACGAUGAUCUCGGGACAAGCGUUGGUGAUGCUCUGUCCAAGCGAGCAGAGGAUUUUGCAGGUAUUUACACAUGUUCUGAGGAUGACAGACUAGAUUCGCUCUUCGACACUAUUCGGAAAUCUAGGGUUCAUCGAUUGGUUGUAAUUGACGAGGAGAACCGCUUGAAGGGCGUGAUAUCUCUUUCGGACAUCUUGAAAUACGUUCUUCUACAUGGCGCAGAGGAUGAAUAG